CUCCCAUCAAUUUUGUUCAAUUUCCAUUUCUUUGAAACCCCAUUUCUAUAAAUUGUCUUCUCUGAAUCAUCCAACACCACCAAGUAAAUGCCACUCCUCCCUUUCUUUCUUUACCCACUUUCAACCCUCACGUUUCCUUUUUUUUUCCUGAUCUUUAUUGUUGAAGAAAACUGCUGCUAACAAUGACUUCGGCUAAUGGCAAUGCUUCACAAGUGACCAACAAUGGCGAUGUAAGGAAACCCUUCAAAAUCUUUAUUGGUUACGAUCCGCGUGAAGAUCAAGCGUAUGAGGUCUGCCGCCAUUCUAUCUUGAAACGCACUUCUAUACCUGUUGAGAUUACACCCAUUGUUCAGUCGGAUCUUAGGGCAAAAGGCCUUUAUUGGCGCAGCAGGGAUCAGUUCGAGAGCACGGAGUUCUCCUUUACACGGUUCCUAACACCAUACUUAGCGAAUUACGAUGGCUGGGCAAUGUUUGUCGACUGUGAUUUCCUUUACUUAGCUGAUAUCAAGGAGUUAACCGAGUUAAUCAAUGACAAAUACGCGGUCAUGUGUGUUCAUCACGAUUAUUUCCCGAAAGAGAAAACGAAAAUGGAUGGUGCUGUGCAGACAGUUUAUCCCAGGAAGAAUUGGUCUUCCAUGGUGUUGUAUAACUGUGGUCAUCCGAAGAACAAAGGGUUGACACCAGAGGUUGUGAACAACCAAACCGGUGCUUUUCUUCACAGGUUCCAGUGGCUUGAUGACAAUGAAAUUGGGUCCGUCCCGUGUGUUUGGAAUUUCCUGGAGGGGCAUAACGAGGUUGUUGAGAAUGACCCCAAAACAUUUCCGAAAGCUAUACAUUAUACUCGUGGAGGACCAUGGUUUGAGGCAUGGAAGACUUGCGAGUUUGCUGAUCUUUGGCUGAAAGAGAUGCAAGAGUACAUGAAAAAGAAAUCAAAUGUGAGUUAAGUCAAAAUCCCAAAAUGGCUAAGUGGUAUUUUCUAGUAUCUGUAAAACUAGUAUGCCAAUUCAUUCCUGCCGGUGGCCACAUUAUUAUUAGAUAUUGAAUUUGUAUUGUGAAUCCUAAAUCUAAAUAUGCUUUAGGGAAGGUGGCUUCUUCUACAUGGUAGUCUAUCAAACAGGUAUUUGCAUGCCUCGUAAUUAUUUAUUUGUUUCCGACUACAUUUGGGAUAUGAUCCCUUGGUAUGUUAUUCAGAUUUUUCAUUUUUCUGAAAUCAUUUGUAUUUGACUCAUAUUUGUAUGGCAUGAGGGGAUUUUCUUUUGUAAUAAGAUGAUGAAAUUGAUGGGUGCAA